UUUGGAGCAGUGUCAGUAUUGCCAUGGACCGCCGAUCGCUGCUGUGUAUCUCGCUAGCCUGUGCCGUCGGCUACGUCGCUGGUGACGCGUGCUCGUCGACGAUUCUCGUUCCUGUGCUCCUGCCCGUCCUCGGCAAGCCCAAUUACGCGAAUUGCCAAAAAGACAGCGGCGUGCCUCUGUCGCUGACAGGUAACCUCCCGAGCCCCGCCAACCUGGCACUCGUCGGCGCCACCAAGAGCUGCGUGGCCUUCUACGAUGACGUUCAGGCCGCGGUCAACAGCGCUGGCGUCACUUGCACCGUGAACGGCCAGUCAGUCUCGAGUUUUUUGGGCACCUCGAUCACGACGUUCUUGACCAACCUCAACGCCUACAUGAGCUCGACGACAGCGCCACCUGCCGGUGCCAAGCCUCUUGACAACUCGGCGUCUCUCGCGGCGCUUGCAUAUCUCGUUAUUGCUCUUGUCAUCACCACACAUCUCGUACUGUAGAAGCAAUUGUUAGAGGCAAACGGGUUGAACAAGAAAUACC